AGCCACAGAGUGAUAGUGGGGAAGAUCUGGGAAAAUGGCCUGCUCAAGUGAGAUCCAAGCAGCGUUUAUUCUCUCUUCCUUUGUGACCUUCUUCCUUGGACUCCUCAUCUUACUCAUUUGCAGACUAAUCUGGAGAACCAUUAAAAAAUGGCAAAACAUCAAGGGAACAGGAAUUCUCUUGGAACUACUCUUGACAAAGAGCAUCGGGAGUAAACAUUUAAAAAGUCUCCACUUCCAAGGAGUAUUUCGUAAUCGUAUAGAAAUGCUGCUUUCAGCACAGACCUUUGUGGGUCAAGUGUUGGUGAUCCUUGUAUUUGUACUAAGCAUUGGGUCUCUAAUAAUCUAUUUCAUCAACUCUUCUGACCCUGUUGGAAGCUGUUCUUCAUAUGAAGACAAAACCAUCCCUAUUGAUUUGACUUUCAAUGUGUUCUUUAGUUUCUAUUUUGGGUUGAGAUUUGUGGCAGCCGAUGACAAGAUCAAGUUCUGGUUGGAGAUGAAUUCAAUUGUAGACAUCUUUACCAUUCCACCAACCUUUAUUUCUUAUUAUUUGAAGAGUAAUUGGCUAGGUUUACGGUUCUUAAGAGCUUUGCGGCUGCUAGAACUCCCUCAAAUCCUGCAAAUUCUCCGAGCCAUCAGAACCAGCAAUGCAGUGAAGUUUUCCAAACUGUUAUCAAUAGUCCUCAGUACCUGGUUCACUGCUGCAGGUUUCAUUCACCUGGUGGAAAAUUCUGGUGAUCCCUGGCUCAAAGGUAGAAAUUCACAGAAUAUAUCAUAUUUUGAGUCUAUUUACCUGGUCAUGGCAACAACGUCAACUGUUGGCUUUGGAGAUGUGGUAGCCAAGACAUCCCUAGGACGGACCUUCAUCAUGUUUUUCACUCUGGGGAGUUUGAUCCUAUUUGCAAAUUAUGUCCCUGAAAUGGUGGAACUUUUUGCUAACAAGAGGAAAUAUACCAGUUCCUAUGAAGUAGUCAAAGGGAAGAAGUUCAUUGUGGUCUGUGGAAACAUUACAGUUGACAGCGUGACUGCAUUCCUGAGGAAUUUUCUCCGCCAUAAGUCAGGGGAAAUCAACAUCGAGAUUGUUUUUCUGGGAGAGGUCCCUCCUUCCUUGGAAUUAGAAACCAUAUUUAAGUGCAACAUGGCCUAUACAACUUUUAUUUCUGGAUCUGCACUUAAGUGGGAUGAUCUGAGGCGUGUUGCGGUGGAAUCUGCAGAAGCAUGCCUGAUUAUAGCCAACCCUUUGUGCAGUGAUUCCCAUGCUGAAGACACUUCAAACAUUAUGAGGGUUCUCUCUAUCAAGAACUAUAACCCUAAUACCAGAAUCAUCAUACAGAUACUUCAAUCCCAUAACAAGGUUUUUCUGCCAAAAAUCCCCAGCUGGAACUGGAAUACCGGAGACAACAUCAUCUGCUUUGCCGAGUUAAAACUUGGCUUCAUCGCCCAAGGCUGUCUGGUGCCAGGCUUGUGCACCUUUCUAACGUCUCUAUUUGUUGAACAAAACAAAAAGGUGACCUUUGGUCUGCUACUAAAUCCACCUGCACAAGUUAGGCUGCGUAAGAACACACUAGGAUUCUUUAUUGCUGAAUCUACAAAGGAAGUCAUAAGAGCCUCCUUUUACUGUGCCACCUGUCACAGUGAUAUCUUUGCUCCUGAGCUAAUUGAAAAAUGUAGCUGCAAAGCCAAGAUCCAUCGACACUUCCCAGGGACAACAGGGAUGGUAAAGAAAAACAGCAUGAAGGAAUUCUCUGAUUCUACGGUACAUGACUGUAUGAUGUGGGGACAGCCAAGACUGAUGAGCAAUGUCAGCUUCACCACCAGGACUUUUCUGUAUGAAACAGUACAAGAUUCUGACCGGCUUGAUAGCAGCGGUAUGUUUCACUGGUGCAGAGCAAUCCCUUUGGACAGUGUGAUUCUGAAACGAAUGGACAAGUCAAAACAUGAGUUUCGGAACCAUGUGGUAGCAUGUGUCUUUGGAGAUGCUACCUCAACAUUGAUGGGGCUUCGGAAUUUUGUAAUGCCCUUGAGAGCUAGCAGCUAUACACGGCCAGAGCUGAAAGACAUUGUGUUCAUUGGGUCUCUGGAUUACCUGAAGAGAGAAUGGCUAUUUCUCCGGAAUUUUCCCCGGAUAUAUAUUCUACCUGGAUCUGCACUCUUUCCUGAAGACCUCUAUGCAGCCAACAUAGAGGAAUGUUCCAUGUGUGCUGUUUUAUCCUCCUCAUCCAAGGCAUCAAGCAACCCAGCUUUGGUAGACGCAGAGACCAUCAUGGCCACCCUCAACAUUGGAUCACUGAGGAUUAGCUGCUCUACACAGACACCUGAAGAAUCACAAAAUCCUUCCAAUAUCCACUAUAUUGAACAGCUGAGUGGACUGGAUGAAUCCUUCUCAGGAACAAGCCUGCAUCUCAGCACAUCCUUUUCCACAGGCACUGUCUUUUCUGGCAGCUUCUUGGAUUCCCUCCUGGCCACAGCCUUCUACAAUUAUCACGUCCUGGAAUUACUUCAGAUGCUGGUGACAGGAGGGAUAAGUUCUCAGCUGGAACACCAUUUGGAUAAGAGUAUCUGUGGGCUGACCCACAGCUGCACUUCAGCCAUGUCUGGAAGAGCGCGGUGUAAGCUGGGGCUUCUGUCCUUAACUGAAACCAUUUUGUCAGACAUUAAACCAAGAAAGACAUUUGGGCAAGUGUUCUGUGGCUCAUUAGAUAAUUUUGGAAUCCUGUGCCUUGGUUUAUACCGCAUGAUAGAUGAAGAGGAGAACAAGCCAGAACAAAAAAGGGGAGUAUCCUUGCUUGGAGAGUUUGUGAUCACCCGGCCAGCCAAUGACUUUAAGCUCCUGCCCUCGGAUCUUGUGUUUUGUGCCAUCCCUUUCAGCACUUCUUAUUACAAAUUGGAUACUUCAUCUCAGAGUCCAUAUGAAAUAAUAAAUAUAGUGCCAACAUCAGAGAAACCUACAAACAUAAAUCAUUCUCCUACCAUUAAGCCAGUCCACCAGACUACAACAAAACCUUUGAUGACAUCUGGAGCCAAAAACUAUUUCCAUUAGUGAUUCUAAGCAAGCUGUAUUGACUCAGAGCAAUAAACUAUCAUCCCAGACACAUUUAGGUGAAACUGAAACUGUGAGAGAAAAUGGGAAGGAAAAAAUGAAGGAAAGCACAGAGGAGAAUGCCCCUGCUUCUUCAAAACCAAACUAAGGCCUGUUGAUAUUCUCCACAAGCCCCUAGCUCACUACUUGAAAAGCAUCUCCAGAGAUGGUGACUUUGAACAGGAAA